CAAUCCGUGCUCAUUUCACUAUCUAGAGAGAGAGAGAGAGAGAGAUGGGGAAUUGCCAAACUAUUGAUAAUGCAGAUUUGCUCAUACAACACCCCAAUGGUAAAGUGGAAAAGCUUUAUUCUGCAGUCACUGCUACCCAAAUUAUGAAGAUGAAUCCUGGCCAUUAUGUUGCUCUUCUUCUCACCACCACCACCACUAUGUCCCCACCCUCAAACAAAACAACUACCAACACUAAUAUUAGCCCAAUACGAAUUACGCGAAUAAAGCUUCUCAAGCCAACUGAUACACUUGUUCUUGGUCAUAUUUACAGACUAGUUACUGCUCAAGAGGUAAUGAAAGGAUUGUGUGCCAAGAAGUAUGCAAAGCAGAAACAGUUUGAAUAUUCAGAGGACAAAAUAACACAGACAUUACAUUCUAAGACAGCUGUUCAUCAGGACAAGGUAAUUAAACACGAAAAACAUCGAAAGUCUAUAGGUGCAAAAUCAAGAGCCUGGCAUCCUUCGUUGCAGAGCAUAUCUGAGGCUGCAGACUGAUUUGUGAUGCUUCUAUCUUAUGAUUAAAUUGUUUCUCUUGGAGAAAAAGUCCAUGGAAUUGGUGGUUUCUCAAAUUCAAGUUAAGAGUAGCUUGUGCGGAAUUAGUCACAUGUAUAGUAAAGGAAAAACGAGAAAAAAGAUCUCCUACAUUUUUACUUUUCGAUUGUUUGGAGGCACUUACUCAAUUGAAAUUACUUAUAAGCACCAAAGUUUGUUUAAUUCAAAAACUAAUAAGAUAAUGGAUAUAUCUAAUGGAAUGGAUCAUUCGAACAGAGUAAUGAUUCUCCUACCAUGUGCUGUUGAUCAACCAAUAUGUU